AUGGCCGCAUCUACUGAAGUAAAGAAACAAACGAAGAGAGGAGCAACUGAUUUCGUUGCUGGUGGUGUUGCCGGUUUAUUCGAAGCGUUAUGUUGUCACCCUUUGGAUACAAUCAAAGUGAGAAUGCAAUUGUAUAGAAAAUCAGGUCAAAAACCACCAGGAUUCAUCAAAACUGGUAUCAAUAUUGUCCAAAAAGAAGGUUUUCUUUCGCUAUACAAAGGUUUGGGUGCAGUUGUUAUUGGUAUUGUCCCCAAAAUGGCCAUUAGAUUUUCAUCAUAUGAAUUUUAUCGUUCAUUCUUUUAUGACAAGGAUGGUAAAAUCACUGCAGGUCAAACAUUCCUUGCUGGUGUUGGUGCUGGUAUAACUGAAUCUAUUAUGGUGGUUAAUCCUAUGGAAGUUGUUAAAAUCAGAUUACAAGCCCAACACCACUCGAUGAAGGAUCCUCUUGAUAUUCCAAAAUAUAGAAAUGCUCCACAUGCUGCUUAUCUUAUUGUGAAAGAAGAAGGUUUUAAGACCUUAUACCGUGGUGUUUCAUUAACCUGUGCUAGACAAGCUACUAACCAAGGUGUCAAUUUCACUGUUUACUCUAAAUUGAAAGAAUACUUGCAAAAGAAACAGCAUACUGAAAUGUUGCCAUCGUGGCAAACAUCUGGAAUUGGUUUGAUUUCUGGUGCUUUGGGUCCAUUAUCUAAUGCUCCUUUGGAUACUAUAAAGACUAGAUUGCAAAAAUCAAGUUAUGCUAGUAAUGAAAGUGGAUGGGUGAGAAUCAUCAAGAUCGGUAAACAAUUGAUUAAAGAAGAAGGUGCUGCUGCAUUGUAUAAAGGUAUCACUCCAAGAAUUAUGAGAGUUGCUCCAGGUCAAGCUGUUACUUUUACCGUUUACGAAUUCGUUAAAGAGUUGUUGACUAAAGACUCAGUUUCUUUGACAGGUAACAAAGAACAAAAGAAAUUGAACUAG